AUGGAGGGCAAGUACUCAGAAAGGCAGCCGAUAGGGACUACGGCUCAGAUCCAAGAUGAAGGCAAGGACUAUAGGGAGUCGCCGCCGGCUCCUCUGUUCGAGCGGGGCGAACUGACCUCGUGGUCGUUGUACCGGGUUGGGAUUGCAGAGUUCGUUACCACUUUCCUGUUUUUGUACAUCACUGUGUUGACGGUGAUGGGAGUGGUUAAGUCGAACACCAAGUGCUCGUUGGUUAGGAUUCAAGGGAUCGCUUGGGCUUUUAGGGGCAUGAUCUUCGCUCUCGUAUACUGCACUGCUGGAAUUUCAGGAUAG